AUGUCCAGGCCCUCCCUCAUCACUUUCACCCCGGCCAGUGAUUCUGGCGACUUCUGGAAAGAUGGACAGCAGCAACAGCCACAGCCUGAGGAGCCGAAGCCCGCCUUGGAUGGGUCUGCAGUCCGUGCCUUCUACGAGUCCUUGAUUGGAAGUGAGAACAACCCGCCUGAACCAGAGAGAUCCCAGUCUGACCCUGCCAGGGAAAGAAAGAGGAAGAAAAGAAGACUGAUAAGGGGGGCUGCGGCAGAAGCAGCGACAGCCUCAGCCUCAGGCAGACACGGUCAAGAGGAAUCCCAUGAGGCAGAGGAUAAGAUGACCCAGUGGAUACUGAGAGCAGCUCAGGAGGGAGACCUGGCAGAACUCCAGAGGCUGCUGGAGCCCCGUGAGGCAGGAGGAGCUGGGGGGAAUAUCAACACUCGUGAUGUCUUCUGGUGGACUCCACUGAUGUGUGCUGCCCGAGCUGGCCAGGGGGCAGCUGUGCGCUAUCUUCUGGGUCGAGGGGCUGCCUGGGUGGGAGUCUGUGAACUGGGUGGCCGGGAUGCUGCCCAACUGGCUGAAGAAGCUGGCUUCCCUGAAGUGGCCCGCAUGGUCAGAGAGAGCCAUGGAGAGACGAGGCACCCCAGGAACCGCUCCCCCACCCCUCAACUCCUCUUCUUUCUCUGCAGGCCCCACCACUCACGUCCCCCCCAAUAUUGUGAGACCUGUGAUGCCCACUUCCAAGAUGUUAACCACUGCACAUCCACCGCUCAUCUGCUGUCACUGUCCCGGGGUCCCUGGCCCCCCAGCCUACCUCCUGGAGUGCCUGCCUCCAGUCCAGGCUUCAAGUUGCUGUUGAGAGGGGGCUGGGAACCAGGGAUGGGGUUGGGGCCCCGAGGUGAGGGUCGUGCCAACCCUAUCCCUACUGUUCUUAAGAGGGACCAGGAGGGACUUGGCUAUAGAUCAGCACCGCAGCCACGAGUCACACACUUCCGGGCUUUGGAUACCAGGGCUGUGGCUGGGAAGGAACGAGCCCCUCGAGUGACCACACUGAGCCGGAGAGAAGAGAGAAGGCGAGAAGAGAAGGGCAGGGCGUGGGAGCGGGAUCUGAGGACAUAUAUGAACCUUGAGUUCUGA